GUCGUGUAUAUUAUCCGAGCGCAAACUGCUGGUGUGAAGACGGAUGAUCGCUGCUGGCUCCGAGGAAUGUUUGCCCAGUUGCCAAGAGACCUUGCCCGGACUCGUGAGCUGGAAGUUGUACAGACAGCGCGCUGCAAUCGUGUAUGGCUGCAAUCCCGCUUUCCGAGAAUCCUAAUCAGAGAUGUUCCGGGCUGCUCACGCGAGGAGGUUGGUCUUUCACCGCUGCUAUGCGAAUGUCGUGCUCGUGUUUCUGGUUGGCGGCACGAUUCCCUCUUGGCGGACCGGAGGCGCCCGCGCUCGCAUGGUGCCCAAGGACGCUGACGCCGAGAAAACUAUUGAAGAGCUUAUUGAGGCUCGGGGAUACCCCGUCGAAUCCCACCCGGUGGUGACCGACGACGGCUACGUACUCGGCCUGUACAGGAUACCCCGAGGCAGAGUGGAAAUCGAAGAGGCUACAAGUACUGACUCGACCACCCCUGGCUGCGAUGGGGCCAGUAGAGCGCCCGUGCUACUCAUGCACGGGCUAUUCGGCUCGGCUACCACGUGGGUGGCCAACUACGCAGACCAGAGCCUCGGGUACGUCCUGGCCGACGCCGGCUACGACGUCUGGCUCGGCAACUUUCGCGGAAACACGCUUUCCCGCAAGCACGUCAACAUCAGCGCCGACAGUGACGUCAGCUUCUGGAACUUCUCGUUCCAGCAGAUGAUCGAAUACGACCUUCCUGCCAUGAUCGACUACGUCCUCCGGGAGACGGGGAACUCCAGACUCGGCUACGUCGGCCACUCCCAGGGGACGCUCGUCAUGUUCGGACUACUGUCGUCGGUGCCUGCCUACAACGACAAGGUGGUCAUUUUCGUGGCGCUGGCUCCGGUAACGACACCGGUUCACGCGUUUUUUAUUGCAAAGCAGCAGCUGUUAUCUAUGUCAAAAAAGCCAGCGGUGCGCCGCACGUUGAUCAAGAUGGGACCAAUUGGCGAGUAUGGACCCCUGUGGAAGCAGAUCGCGGACAAACCCUGCCGUACGGAGGAGUCGCUGUCUUUCUGCGAGACUUGGUGGAACACCGUCUUCGGACCGUCCGUAAUGGUCAAUACGAGCCGCUUACAUGUCUACCUGCGCCAGGCACCCGCCGGAACGUCGUGGAAGAACCUUCUGCACUUCGCUCAGCUCAUCAAGACUGGCAGUUUCUGCAAGUACGACUAUGGUGCAGCGAAGAACAAGGAAAUCUAUGGUCAGACUAUGCCCCCUUGCUAUCCCUUGGAGGACAUCCGGACUCCCGUCGCCAUAUUCUGGGGACACGGGGACACGUUCUCCAAGCCGCAGGACAUCGACCGGAUACGUGCCCGCGUCUCCAGCAUCGUGGUCGACGAGCGUGUCGGGUCGGGCCCGUUCAGCCACGCGGACUUCAUCUACGGAGUCGACGCCAAGCGCGUCCUCCACGACCGGAUCGUCCAAGUGCUUCGACAGUUCUACAGCUCGUGCCAACCGCAAACUUCGGAGUAGACAUCCUGCGAACAUGCACCCCACUCGGAUGCCGAAUCCUGAUCUCGGAUCACAAGCGCGGUCGCAUUGAGAAGUCGCUGAAGGGAGAGAUACCAAGUUAACGUAGAUCGGCAGGCUACACUUUCACAACUCCCGCAUAAUACGAAAAGUGAGCAGAAGUCUGGACUUCUUAUUCCCAAAAAUUUUCGCUCGUGACUACUACGAUUGGCCAUUGGAGCGGUGAUCGUCUCGUCGAGCCAGUCACUGUCAUCAGGGGCAGCCAUUCAAACGCCGGUUCAUAAGAAAGGAAUGUCAGCGCAUUCGAAUUUCGGAAGCACGGGCGCGGAUGGUCCUGUAAGUAUAUGCACACAGCUUUAAAAUGCUCCAUAAAACGUGCAUUGAAUUGAAUAGAAAGUUAGCCUGGGGUCACUAGGAUUCCGGAAAGACUUUCAGGUGACAGGAUGGACGCAGGAAAUCUGAAGGUGGGGGCGACGCCACUUCUGCUCAUCAGCAUCAGCUGCCUGUGACGUCAUGAAGUUUGGCAAACCUUGCUCGGUGCUACCCAAUUUUUCGCCAUUAAAGAGAG